AUGGCAGCGGGUGGUGGAGCUCCUGUGGUCCCUUCAAAGUCGAGCGCACUCCGUGUCACAGGAGACCAACCGAACCACUACACUCUCUCGCGAUUUCCUUCCAGUGGCCUUUCCUCCUCCAGCACACUGUCCAACGCUCCUGCACUACAAAGAGCGCAGGAUAAAUUUUCUUCUCUCGACGUACUUAGUCUGUAUGUCGACUUCGAUGGCGUCAGAUAUGGGACUCUGAUUGAGUGCUUCACCUUCAAGCCAUUUGAUGGGCAGAUGCAUAUCAAGUCUUUAGAAGCUUAUCCGUUGACGUAUUUUGUCGGUCCUAGCUCGAACAGGCUCGUUCAAAGAGGCCGGAAGUUCAUCGAUGUCACAACUUCGCCUCGUCACAUGGAGCAUGUGGGUAUGACGGUUGGUGAGACCAAAGAAGAGUGUAAUAGCCCGGUCGUUAUAGACCUGAAACUAGCUUUCACCGAAUACCAGCAAGCCUUUCCCCAGCGCGAUUCGGUUGUCCCAAAGUUCCUAUCUUGGCCGGAAAACCUGUCAUCAUCGAAUCAUCAAGAUGUCCCGGACCUCUUUGCGCAUUCUGACUCUUCUGUUCGUCCUAACUCUUCUGUUUGUGCAGGCAAUCCUUAUUGCUACAGGAAGGCCUGCGGUUUCGACGCGUACUACAUUGAGAAUGGGAUUCACUGGCCAGGUUCCAUGUGGUAUCAAACAAAGGGGCGCCUGGAGGAAUUCGGAUCUCUUCCGAGAAAUGACACGGAAACCAACCGUUUCAAGGAGUUCAUGGAGCAUUUGGACCUCAUUGAGCUUUUGCCAGUCUCAGUCCCUGGGUUUUCACUCCUUCAGCUCAACCUCGACCAACUGGAACUUGUCCAGCAGCAAGAUGGAUGGAGCAAGCUCGUUCUUCCAAGGGGCCACAGGAAAAUUGUCCAAGCAAUGGUCGAGACGCACUCGGUUGACUCAAAGAAGAACGACCAGGAGGCCAAGAGGGAUAGAUUUGAGAUGGACUUGGAAAUGGGUGCAUCAUUCUGCUCCAUGGUGUACCUGGGGUGGGAAAGACAUCCACUGCGGAAUGCGUCGCCUCAUAUACGAAACGUCCACUAUACUCUAUCACUUGCGAAGAGCGAUGUCAAACGAAACGGCCUGGUAUCAGAACGAGUCUUCUUGAGGAUUUUGGAGUAUUACUCUGGAAUCCUCUUUCUCACUACGAACCGAGUUGGCGCCAUCGAUGAUGCCUUCCGAUCACGUCUCCAUCUGACGCUCUACUACCCAAAGCUCACAGAGACCCAGACGUUGAAGAUUUGGAAGACCAACUUUCAACGACUGAAGGAGAACAACAAGCUUCUCAUAGAGUCAGUCCAGCUUCCCAUAGACUUCAAUGACAAGAAGAUCAUCGCUUGGGUAAAGAAGCACUGCCAGGAUAUCCAAUGGAACAGAAGGCAAAUCCGAAACGCCUUUCAGGCCGCCGUGGCACUCGCCGAGUUUGAGGCCAAGCAGCGGGACGCGCAGAGAGAUGAUGGGUCUUCCAAGACAUCACCGAUUUUGACCACAGCUCACUUCAAAAAAUUGGCCCGCGUCUCAGCGCAAUUCAGUGAGUACCUGCGCGAGACGCAUGGCGAAGACGAGGACGGGAGGGCAGUACUCGAGAAGAUGCGAGCCAUGCCAACCCGAAGGAAAACUCGAACGAGACUGUUUAGCAACGAUGAGGACGAGUCAGAUGUUAUGUCACACAGCGGAUCAUGUUCAGAGUCGAGCGCUGCGUCUGGCUCGGGCUCCGCUGAUAACAAGGAUAAAGGGAACCGGCAUAGCGAGGCGUGCCGGCUCUCCACCCGUAAUCCCCAGGUAUUGAUAAAUAUGGCACGAGACCCAGGCCAUGGCUGCGGUGAGAAUCUCAGCUCGCGAGCAGUGUCUUCCGACGACGCUCGCGAGAGGAGACCAUUAAUAGGGGAGGUGAGAGCCGCAGCAGCAGACGGCGAACCAUCUAGCAUCACACCAAGUCAACAGCAAGGACAACCACGGACCAGCUACAGUACUUUUGCCUCCUCCUCGUCGUACAAGAGCAGGCCGUCAGCAUCACCGCCCACCAUGGCAGCCGACGACCUCACAAAGCACCCCACAGCUGAGGAUGCAGACGAUACCAUAACGAAGCCCGUCAUCGGGCAGACGAUCACGACGGCCCACGCCAUCCAGGCCGAGCACGAGCUCACCUUCACCCAGGCGUGCCGCCUCUACCCCAGGGCCAUCUUCUGGAGCGCCUUCGUCUCGCUGGGCGUCAUCAUGCUGGCCUUUGACCCCCAGCUCCUCGGCAACCUGUACGCGACGCCCCGGUUCCAGCGCGACUUUGGCUACCCCUACGACGGCGGCUACAUCAUCUCGGCCGCGUGGCAGACCGGCCUGUCCAUGGGCAACCCCGUGGGCCAGGUCGUCGGCGCCCUCUUCGCCGCCUACCCGAUGGACCUCUUCGGCCGCAAGUGGACUUUCGCCGCCUGUGUCAUCCUGACCGGCGCGCUCGUCUUCAUCCAGUUCUUCGCCCGCUCCCUGACCGUGCUGCUGGUCGGUGAGCUGCUGGGCGGCCUGGUGCUCGGGUGCUACGUUGUCAUCGCGCCGGCGUACGCGAGUGAGGUGUGCCCCGUCGCGCUGCGCGGCCACCUCACGAGCUACGUCAACCUGUGCUUCGUUAUGGGCCAGCUCAUUGCCAACGGCGUCACGGCGGGCACGCAGACCAGGGACGACCACUGGGCCUACAGCCUGCCCUUCGCGCUGCAGUGGGUAUGGGUCGCCAUCAUCCUACCUGGCCUGUUCUUCGUGCCCGAGAGCCCGUGGUGGCUGGUCCGCCAGGGGCGGAGGGACGAGGCGGAGCAGUCGCUGCGCCGGCUGGCGAACGAGAAGGUCGACGUCGUGGCGACGCUGGCCAUGAUCGAGGAGACGGACCGGCUCGAGAUGGAGCUCGAGGCGGGAAGCACCUACUGGGACUGCUUCCGUGGCGUGAACCUGCGGCGGACCGAGAUCAGCUGCGGUGUUUACUGUACCCAGGUCCUGAGCGGCAUUUAUCUCAUCAACUACGGCACUUACUUUUUCCAGCUCGCUGGCUUGCCGACGAGCAUGGCUUUUGGCAUGGGAAUUGUGUUCUUAGCUGUUGGCUUCGUCGGGACAAUACUCUCCUGGUUCUUUAUCGUCCGAUUUGGUCGGCGCGCCAUCUAUCUCUGUGGCCUUGCAGCCCUUGUAUUUCUCAUGCUCCUGAUCGGCAUCCUCGACUGCGUCCCCGGCCGCCCCAAUGGCGUUGCAUAUGCCGAGUCCUCGCUCAUGAUCGUCUGGAACUUUGCCUUUGACCUCUCUGUAGGCCCCAUCUGCUUCAUCAUCAUCUCCGAGGCCUCGGCCACCCGCGUGCGGUCCAAGUCAAUCGCCGUGGCCACGGCGUCGCAGGCCAUUGUCGGGAUCGUGAUGACUGUUGGUAUCCCCUACAUGAUCAACCCGGACGAGGCCAACAUGCAGGGGAAGCUGGGGUUCUUCUUCGGGGGCCUGGCGGCGUUGUGCUUUGUCUGGGCGUAUCUGCGCAUCCCCGAGACCAUGGGACGGACAUUCGAGGAGCUGGAUCUGUUGUUCGAUAGGAAGAUCCCUGCCAGACAGUUCAAAGACUACGAGAUUGAUUUGGCAGAGACUUGA